AUGGCAGCGCCGGCGUCGGCAUACAAGGACCGGCAAUUCAUUGCUGUUAUUGGGGAUGAAGACUCAGUCACUGGCCUAUUGCUGGCCGGCAUAGGACACAUCACCGACCCUCCAGACUCACAGAAGAACUUUCUCGUGUGUGACGCAAAGACAGAAAAGCCCCAAAUCGAGCAGGCUUUCAACAAAUUUACCAAAGAGCGGAAAGAUAUUGGAAUAGUCCUGAUAAAUCAACAUAUUGCGGAGCAGAUCCGAGACACUGUCGACAGAUUCCAAGAUCCAUUUCCUGCUGUUCUCGAAAUCCCCAGCAAGGACCAUCCCUACGACCCUGAGAAGGACAGCGUUCUACGGCGCGUUAGGAGACUAUUCGGCGAAUGA